AUGUCGGACAGCGACGACAGCGACUUUUCUGAUAACCAGAGUGAGCGAAGCAGUGACGGAGAGGCCGAAGAAGUGGACGAGAACGAGGAGGAAGCGGCCAGCCCGGUCGGCAGCGACAAAGUGGCCGAGGAGGAAGGGGAGGACCUGGACGACGAGUACGAUGAAGAAGAGGAGGAAGACGACGAGGACCGUCCUCGAAAGAAGCCGCGGCACGGAGGCUUUAUCCUGGACGAAGCCGAUGUGGACGACGAAUACGAGGACGAGGAGGACCAGUGGGAGGAAGGAACUGAAGACAUUAUGGAAAAAGAGGAGGCCGAAGUGUCCAACAUCGACCACGUGGUUCUGGACGAAGAUCAUUCCGGGUCCAGGAGGCUCCAGAACCUCUGGAGAGACUCACGAGAGGAGGCGCUGGGUGAAUACUACAUGAGGAAGUACGCCAAGUCUUCAGGAGGGGAGCACUACUCUGGAGGGUCGGAGGAGCUCUCUGAUGACAUCACCCAGCAGCAGCUACUUCCUGGUGUCAAGGAUCCCAAUUUGUGGACCGUCAAGUGCAAGAUCGGGGAAGAGAGAGCGACGGCCAUCGCGCUGAUGAGGAAGUUUAUCGCUUAUCAGUUCACGGACACGCCGCUCCAGAUCAAGUCGGUGGUGGCCCCGGAUCACGUCAAGGGCUACAUCUACGUGGAGUCGUACAAGCAGACGCACGUGAAAGCCGCCAUCGAGGGCAUCGGCAACCUUCGCAUGGGCUUGUGGAACCAGCAGAUGGUGCCCAUCAAGGAGAUGACGGACGUCCUCAAGGUGGUCAAAGAGGUCACCAAUCUCAAGCCCAAAUCCUGGGUCCGGCUCAAGCGAGGCCUCUACAAAGACGACAUUGCGCAGGUGGACUACGUGGAGCCCAGUCAAAACACCAUCUCACUCAAGAUGAUCCCUCGCAUCGAAUUGGACCGCAUCAAAGCCAAGAUGAGCUUGAAAGAUUGGUAUGCCAAGAGGAAGAAGUUCAAGAGACCCGCUCAGAGGCUUUUCGACGCUGAAAAAAUCAGGUCGCUGGGAGGGGAGGUCAGUCACGACGGAGACUUCAUGAUCUUCGAGGCCAACCGCUACAGCCGCAAAGGGUUCCUGUUCAAGAGCUUCGCCAUGUCAGCUGUGAUCACAGAUGGCGUGAAGCCCACAUUGUCCGAGCUGGAGAAGUUUGAAGACCAACCGGAAGGAAUCGACUUGGAGGUGGUCACUGAAUCAGGCAAGGAGCGCGAACACAACCUUCAGGCCGGGGACAACGUGGAGGUCUGCGAGGGCGAGUUGAUCAACCUGCAGGGGAAAAUCCUUAGCGUGGACGGCAACAAGAUCACCAUCAUGCCCAAACACGAAGACCUCAAGGACCCGCUGGAGUUCCCGGCCCAAGAGUUAAAGAAAUACUUCCGCAUGGGCGACCACGUGAAAGUGAUCGCCGGCCGCUACGAAGGCGACACGGGUCUCAUCGUCCGCGUGGAGGAGAACUUUGUCAUCCUCUUCUCCGACCUGACCAUGCACGAGCUGAAGGUGCUGCCCAGAGAUCUGCAGCUCUGCUCGGAGACGGCGUCCGGCGUGGAUGCGGGAGGGCAGCACGAGUGGGGGGAGCUUGUUCAACUCGACCCGCAGACGGUCGGCGUUAUCGUGCGGUUGGAGAGGGAAACCUUCCAGGUGUUGAACAUGCACGGCAAAGUGCUGACGGUGCGCCACCAGGCGGUCAACCGAAAGAAGGACAACCGUUUCGCUGUGGCCCUGGACUCGGAGCAGAACAACAUCCACGUCAAAGACAUCGUCAAAGUCAUCGACGGGCCGCACUCGGGCCGCGAAGGCGAGAUCCGCCACCUCUUCCGAGGCUUCGCCUUUCUCCACUGUAAGAAGCUGGUGGAGAACGGAGGAAUGUUUGUGUGCAAGACUCGCCACCUGGUGUUAGCCGGGGGCUCCAAGCCCAGGGAUGUGACCAACUUUACGGUGGGCGGCUUUGCUCCCAUGAGCCCUCGCAUCAGCAGCCCCAUGCAUCACGGCGGCGGCGGUGCUCAACAAAGAGGGGGAGGCGGAGGCGGAAUGGGGCGGGGCCGAGGACGACGAGACAACGAGUUGAUCGGUCAGACCGUCCGCAUCUCGCAGGGUCCAUACAAAGGUUACAUCGGCGUGGUGAAGGACGCCACCGAGUCCACGGCCAGAGUGGAGCUUCACUCCACCUGUCAGACCAUCUCUGUGGACAGACAGCGUUUGACCACCAUGGGCUCUCAGAAACACAGCGGCAUGACCUCUACCCACGGGCGCACGCCCAUGUACGGCUCGGGUUCCCGGACGCCUAUGUGCGGCUCCCAGACGCCGCUGCACGACGGAAGCCGAACGCCUCACAGCGGCUCGCAGACGCCACUUCACGACGGCAGCAGGACGCCCGGUCAGAGUGGUGCCUGGGACCCCAACAACCCCAACACGCCGUCCAGGAAUGACGAGGAGUACGACUUCGCCUACGACGACGAGCCGUCGCCCUCGCCUCAGGGCUACGGAGGCACGUCCAAUCCGCAAACGCCGGGCUACCCGGAAGUCCCGUCCCCGCCGGUCAACAAUCAGUUCAACCCUCAGACGCCCGGCACGCCCGCCAUGUACAACACAGAGCAAUAUUCUCCCUACGCCGUGCCCUCACCCCAGGGUUCCUACCAGCCUAGUCCUAGUCCUCAGAGCUACCACCAGGUGGCGCCCUCGCCUGUUGGCUUCCAGAACACGCACUCGCCCGCCAGCUAUCACCCGACGCCGUCGCCUAUGGCCUAUCAGGCCAGCCCGAGUCCGAGCCCUGUGGGUUAUAGCCCCAUGACGCCCGGGGCGCCUUCUCCCGGUGGCUACAACCCUCACACGCCGGGCUCCAACAUCGAGCAGGGCGGCAGCGACUGGGUGACCACCGACAUCCUGGUGCGGGUCAAGGACUCCUUCAUGGAUCUGAUGGGCCAGACGGGAGUCAUCCGCAGCGUGACGGGUGGCAUGUGCUCCGUGUUCAUGCAGGACUCUGAGAAGGUGGUGAGUGUCAGCGGCGACCACCUGGAGCCCGUCACGCCUACCAAGAACGACAAGGUGAAGGUGAUUUUGGGAGAGCACCGCGAGGCCACGGGCACGCUGCUGAGCAUCGAUGGAGACGACGGCAUCGUUCGCAAAGUCCUCGACAACCAGCUGAUGAUCCUCAACUUGAGGUUUUUGGGCUGUCUGGGCCACUGA